AUGUCCAUGAGGUCACAAAGAGUACCAGAAGAAUAUGUGCGGUGGACGAAGCUGCUUUAUGCGAAGCUUACCAACGUUGUACGGCAUGCUGUUGGAACAAGCAGGCCAUUUCCUGUAGAAGUAGGGGUUCAUCAGGGUUCAUCACUCUCAUCCCUGCUGUUCAUACUUUUCAUGGACACGAUCAGAGUCUCGAGUAAUCUUCAAAAUCAAGUACAAUCUUGGAAAGAGCGGCUGCAGCAACAUGGAUUGCGCCUCAGUGUAUCAAAAAGUGAGUACAUGGAGUGCGAACCAAGGAUAGAAAAUGGUUCAAUUCGUGUCGAUGGCACUGAAUUAAACAAGGUGGAGUGUUUCAAGUACCUUGGAUCUAAAGUGACUUCAAAAGCAGGUCGAGCACGUGUUAAUGCGGCAUGGAUGAGAUGGAAAAUGGCAACAGGUGUACUGUGCGACAAGAGAGUCCCUGUUCGAUUGAAGUCGAAGAUCUACAGGACGGUUGUGUGUCCUGUUGCUCUUUACGGAUGUGAGUGCUGGCCGACAACGAAAGCAGUUGCAAACAAACCACUUGGAAACAGUGUUGCACGCUAUGGAGAUGCGGAUGUUGAGGUGGAUGAUAGGUGUAACGCUAAAAGACAAAGUAUCCAAUGA